GGCGGCGGCGGCGGCGGCGGCGGCGGCGGCGGCGGCGGCGGCUAUGAGCGAGCUCAGCUCCAAUGAGUCAUCGACCUCCGUGGAGGCCCCCGGCGGGCAGGAGAAAGCCAAAGCUGGGAACUCCAAGAAGGUGGAGGAGGAAGAGGAGAUCGACAUAGACCUGAACGCUCCUGAGACGGAGAAGGCUGCGCUCGCCAUCCAGGGCAAGUUUCGCCGCUUCCAGAAACGGAAAAAGGACUCGGGGCCCUGAGCAGCACCUGCCUCUCCAGCUCUGUGCUCGCAGUGGCCCCAGGCCCCCCCAACCCUGCCCUGCCUGGAUCGGGCUCCUGUUCUUUGCACGUCUCCAGCUGGGGGCAUGGUCCUGUCCUGGCCUCCCCCUGCCUCCCCGACGUCACCUCUGUCCUCCGAGAGCAGUGCCGAUGGUGUGUGGUGCUGUACCUGCAGAGACAUGGGGCUGGGACCUCGGUGUGUGUGUGGGGAUCCCACCGGCUUGGGGGAGCUCGGCCUUUCCUUACCCCUCGCUCAGCCCUGAGCUGGAGCUCCGCCUGCUGUGGUGGGGAGAUGCCCCGAAGCCAUUGGGGAAGGGGGGGGGGGGAGGUGGUAGGUGGGUGGGGGGUAAGGAGAAAAGUGUAGAGCCAGAUGGGUGGCCCUAGGGCGGACCCCGCUGAGUUGCCUGGGGUCCCCCUGCGUCCCUGAGGGUGGAUGUUGGCCCUUGUAUGAGGGAAUGGUAGGGAAACGCCCUUCCCUGGGGGCAGCCCCAUUUCUGUGUCCUUGGCAGUGCUGGGGGCUGCCGUGGGGUAGGACGCAGAUGGGGAACGACCCAGGUGCUGCUUGGUGGGACCUCAGUGUCCCCUCAACAACAACAACAAAAAAACCCUGUCCUGUCCCCUGGGAUGUCUUGGAGGGGGGGGGGGUGGGAUGGUGGCAGGGAUGGCAGGACAAGAUUGAGGGCGCACCUCUUGCUGCAGGUGUGCUUGUGCCCCCCCCCCCCAGCAUGGGAAACCGGGGCUUUCCCAGACGUUGGGGUGCCUUCAUCCUGUGGUGCAGCCCCCUCCUCACGCUGCCCUGUCCCCUGCAUGUUCUUUGUCACUGUCCCCUCUCCCCCAUCCCUGUGCUGGCAGCGUGGUAUGAGACGGGGGGGUGUCAGCUGGUGCUGUGUCCAGGAUGUGCAUUUUUAGCAUGUUUAAAAUAAUAAUAAAACACCUGGGGAGAGCGUCA